UCCUAGGAGCAUAUAAAUAGCCUCUGGCCGGCCUUUCUCAUUUUCAAAUUACCUCAACUUUCUGACUUUCCCUUCAAAUUUCGAUGGCUAAGGUUCAUCCUGCCGCUGAGGCACCAGUUUCUGACUCCUGCAAUAUGAGUUCUGCAGGAAGAGAAACAUUCACUAUAUGGAUGAAAUCUCUUGUAUGCCACACCAAUGGUUGCACUGUCUUUGAUUCAAAAGGGGACAUUUUGUACCGUGUCGAAAAUUAUGACAGCAAAGGUAGCAGUGAAGUUCAUCUGAUGGGCCUGCGCGGCAAAAUUCUGUUUACAAUACUAAAAAGGAAACUACAAAUUUUUGGAUGUUGGAAUGGAUAUAAAGGGAGCUUUACUGGCACAAAGAAGGAAAAGCCAUGCUUUCAAGUUAAAAAAUACUGCAGCAUUCUGCGGAGAGAUUCGGCUUGUCAAGUUACUGUGGGCUUGAACAAGUACGGGAUAGUUAGCUUAGGUCACAAGAAAAAGGGAUUUAAGAUAGUAGACUUAGAUGGAGAUACUGUAGCAGAGGUGAAGCAAAAGCAAUUAUCAUCUGGUACGGUGUUGGGAGUUGAUGUAUUAACUCUGGAGGUAGAGCCCUAUAUUGAUCAUUCCCUGAUCGUUGCUCCCGUUACCGUAUAUGGAUUGAUAAAUAGGAGAUUGUAG